AUGGGAGUACAGAAGCGCACGCGCAAGUUCGCGGCAGUUAAGCGCGUGAUCGGACAGCGUGAUGCACGACUAAAAAAGAACAUCGACAAGGACAGCGCCGAGAAGCAGGCGAAGAAGAAACGAGACGAGCUCAUUCGCGAAGUUCCCCAAGUCCCCUCCGGCAUGUUCUUCAAACACAACACCGCCCUCCAACCCCCCUACCAAAUCCUCCUCGACACCAACUUCCUCUCCCACACCGUCCACCACAAACUCCCCCUCCUGCCCACGCUCAUGGACACGCUGUACGCCACAUGCAACCCCAUCAUCACCUCGUGCGUCAUGGCGGAAUUGGAGAAGCUGGGCCCGAAGUACCGCAUUGCGCUGCAGAUUGCGCGCGACGAGAGGUGGGAGCGCUUGCAGUGCGAUCACAAGGGCACGUAUGCCGAUGAUUGCAUUGUGGAUCGCGUGAUGAAGCAGCGGGUGUAUAUUGUGGCGACGAACGAUCGGGAUUUGAAGAGGAGGGUGCGCAAGGUGCCUGGUGUGCCGAUUAUUAGCGUGAAGAGAGGAGGGUAUGCUGUCGAACGAUUACCCGAUGCGCCAGAAAAGUGA